AUGGCUCCCAGCAACCUCCCCGCCAUCUUCAACCCCACCCAGCAGGACAUUGAGAUGCUCCUCGCUGCUCAGUGCCACCUCGGCGCAAAGAACCUCCAGGUGCACAUGGAGCCUUACCUGUGGAAGACCAGGCCUGAUGGUGUCAAUGUGAUCAACGUUGGCAAGACCUGGGAGAAGAUUGUUCUGGCCGCACGUAUCAUCGUCGCCAUUGACAACCCAGCUGACAUUUGCGUAAUCUCCGCCCGUCCCUACGGACAGCGUGCUGUUCUCAAGUUCGCUGCCCACACUGGUGCUGUCGCCAUUGCCGGUCGUUUCACCCCCGGUAACUUCACCAACUACAUCACCCGCUCGUUCAAGGAGCCCCGCUUGAUCAUCGUCACCGACCCGCGCACCGAUGCUCAGGCCAUCAAGGAGGCUUCCUACGUCAACAUUCCUGUCAUCGCUCUCUGUGAUGGUGACUCUCCCACCGAGUACGUCGACGUUGCCAUCCCCACCAACAACAAGGGUCGUCACGCCAUUGGUCUCAUCUGGUGGAUGUUGGCUCGUGAGGUCCUCCGUCUUCGUGGCACCCUCGCUUCCCGCGAGGCUGAGUGGGACGUCAUGACCGAUUUGUACUUCUACCGCGACCCUGAAGCCGAGGAGAACAAGGACAGCGCAGGCGUUGAAGAGGCCAAGGUUCCUGGUGCCGACGAGGUUGGCCCCGCCGCCGUUGAGGGUGGCUUUAACACCGAAUGGGAGGUGUCUGGCGCCACCGCCGGUGCUUUCGCAGCUGCCACACCAGGUGUUGUCAACUGGGACGCUGAUGCUACCACCACCGACUGGGCUGCAUCUGGUGAUGCCCAGGCUGGUACCGAGGGUUGGGGUACGGAGGCCGCUGCCCCUGCUGCCACCAACCAAUGGUAA